AUGGAGCUCCAGCUUGCCGAGGUGGAUCUUUCCGGGAUAGACGAUACCACAACAUGCCAAGUCUGCGCCAAGCUCCUCGCCCUAUAUAAAAUGCCGUUCGAAGUCAACGCCGAGGUGAAGCUCGGGAAAGUUUCUGAUGUCUUAGCUAGCGAAUGUCCCCAUGCCAACUGGGUCCGGAACGUCAAAUACAUGUAUGGCCCUGUCCCGCGCUAUGGACGCCGCGAGCUCACAGCCUGGAGGCACGAGAAUAAUACGGCCAUUUUCCUAGGAGUCAGCUACCGGAGCCGGACAGCGUCCACGUGGAGUACAACCCAACCUUUUGAGCUUGUUUCUCGAGACAGCCAGCCUGGAAAUUUAGGAAGAUCAAGAAUCCUUGAUCCGGAAUGGGUGGAUCUUGAUGUCGUCCGUACCUGGUAUUCCCGCUGUGUCAAAGAACACCGCCUUAAGUGUGAGCAACCCGCGUGGAUCAAAGGUGUAGAGCCUGCGAAGCCAGAUUGGCUUAUAGACAUCGUUCAGGGAUGUAUCGUGCCUUACAGCAGCGAGACAAAGAAGUACCUCUCCCUUUCCUAUACCUGGGGCCAGACGCCGAAUCUAAGGGCCACGACGCACAUCUUCGAUGAGUUGCGCAAACCGGGGGCCUUGGACCCAGGGAGGGGGUUUGCAAGCAUGAUUCCCGAGACUAUCCGCAAUGCUUUGGGGAUUACAAAAUGUUUAGGGGAAAGAUACCUCUGGGUUGACAGCUUAUGCAUUGUGCAAGACGACGAGACAGCCCUCUAUCGAUCUCUAAAAAAUAUGCAUAUGAUAUUUGCCAACUCGUUACUCUGCGUCAUCGCCAAGGCUGGUCACGACGCAGAGUUCGGGCUCCGGGGCAUUAAGGGGGUUUCAGCACCGAGGUGUUCCGACCAGCUUAUUAUAGAUCUUGCUGAAGGCGAGAGAUUGACUGGGAGAUUGACUGGCCCAGGUAGCUGUUACAACGAGCCGUCGCCCUCCAUUCCGGGCCGCUCGUACAGUGAACGAGCAUGGACGUUUCAGGAAUUCAUGUUCGCUAAACGACGACUCAUAUUCGACGACGGACCGAUUAGGUGGAAUUGUAAUUGUGCCGGAUGGCACGAAGAGUUGAAGUCCCACGCAGUAGCUGAUAUAUACGGCGCAGUAGCACCGGAAUUAUGGUAUGCAGCACGGUGGAUGAAGACACGGAUUCCCAACCUUUCGGACCUCACCGACGUCGUCCGGGAAUUUAACCAAAAGGUCCUAACGUAUCCGGAAGAUGUCCUUCCAGCAUUUUCCGGGAUCCAAUCCAUGCUGCACAGAAUCUAUCCCGGAGGCCUUAUUUUCGGUCACCCGGAGUUCUUCUUUGAUAUCUCGCUAGCCUGGCACAAUGUAUAUGACGUUACCAGGAGACGCCCCUCCAGUAAUUUCAAGGGGGAUCCUUCUAAGAAUGGUCUGCCGAGUUGGUCAUGGAUGGGGUGGCAUGGCAACACGUGCUUUCCUUGGGACCUCGAGUUUCACACGUCCAAUGGGGAUAAGUACGGAUUCCUAGCGCCUGUCACGACGUGGUUCACUAUGGCAUCGCCAUUGUCUCUCCCGCGGAGGAGAAUCGAAUCUCAAUGGUUCGACUAUAAAAAAUCUGCCCAAGGCGGCUCUGGGCGACUCCUCGAAGGCUGGAAUCGAGGCGAGUAUGAGCCUCCAAAGUGGCUAAAGCGGCGGGAUAAAUUUCGUGUGCCACACCUCCCAAAAGAUUUGCCACAAUUUUGCUACACGCACAGCUCAAACCCCGAACGUAAAUUCUGGUACCCAGUGCCGAUACUAAAAUUUGACGAGACCCCAGAACUCAACAAGCAGACGCAGUAUCUCUAUUGUCUAACGACUCGCACGUUUCUCUUUGUAGGCCAUGGCUUAGUCCACAUGCCGUACAAGGAGAAUGUGCGGAUUGAAAACAGACAAGGAGACUUAGCCGGGGUACUAUUCCUUCAUCGGGAAGAAGACAGGAGAUUGUUUACUGCGAAUCCGCAACCUCUCCGGAUCGAGCUUGUCGCGAUUGCCAAGGGCUGGACCGAGACGCUACAGGGUGAUCCACCGAGCGAAUCCAAAAGCCAAGGAAGUCACGAUUUAGAAACUGUAGCUGCAGAAUCUGCGGCUCACGAUAGAGAGCAUAUCGAGGCCUCCGACCGCACGAGUAUCGAUGGAGACAAGCCUGUAUUAUCCUCUAAUAACAAAGGGUUAGGCUCAUCGAAGGAGGCAGGAGAAGAAGGCUCUGCCGAAGGAAUAUCUAAAACGGGGCAGCACAGCGGCGCAGAUGCCGGUAGCAAGAAAGCCACCGAACCACCCGAUGCCGAAGAUUCCGAUAGAGAAGAUUCGGGAUCGGAUGGGUCUUGGGGUGCUCAUCUUGACUCAGACGAUGAGAGGCCCGAAUAUUGGAAGGAGAACAAAGAGGACUGCUACUUUGUGCUCUGGAUUAAGUGGGAUAACGGCGUUGCUUACCGGCAAGCAGCUGGUCGAGUACUGGCAAGCAUGUGGGAGAAGUAUAGAGAGGAGGAUCCAGUGGAGCUUGUGUUGGGGUGA